UCGUUCGCUAAACGGCGAAGUCAUACACACGCUCUGAUGCAAAUCAACGAUACCUUCUCUUCGUAAUUUCUGAAGAAAAAAAACCCAGUAGAUUUUAUAGCAAAGGAUUCUCCUAUUUUUUGAAAGUUUCCAGGCAACGCAUUAAUUACCGGUACUGUUGGUGAAGUAACCGGAAUACUAUGCUCGCGACAGCGGUGUUAAGUUCGAAUCCGGCUCAAUUUGUUUUGGUUUUCACUACGUCCAUUUUAGUGGUGAUUGUUUUAGUUCAACGAUGGAGUAAAAAUCGGAUGCAGAACUUGCCACCGAGUCCAUGGGGAUUACCGUUUCUUGGUAACAUUUUAAGUAUUGGUGAGAACCCGCACUUAACUUUCAUGGAAAUGGCUAAGGUAUAUGGCAACGUGUUUAGCGUGAGAAUGGGGAGGCAACGAGUUACAGUGCUUAAUGGUGCUGAUGUCAUUCGUGAAGCGUUAGUAAAGCAAGGACGUGUAUUCGAGGGACGACCACAUUUAGCACUUACUAGUAUGCUUACAGAUGGACAAGGCAUAGUUACUGCAGACAGUUGUCCGAAAUGGAAAGAGCAAAGACGGUUUACGUUACAUGCUCUCCGUAACUUUGGCGUGGGAAAAAACAGUCUUGAGGGGAAAGUGAUGGAAGAGAUUGGAUACUUAUUGUCUGCAAUGAGAGAAAAGGGCAAGGCUGCAUUCAACAUGGAUCACUUUCUGGAGAUAAGCGUCUCUAACGUCAUAUGCAAUGUGUGUUUUGGUCGCCGAUUUCAAUACAAUGAAGCCUCAUUCCAACUCCUCGUCGACUCCAUAUACAGAUUCUCGGAAAUCGGCACCACCGCCGCUGCAGUCAACUUCUUCCCGUUCUUACGACAUUUCCCGACUCCUGAACUCAAAGAGGUCUUUCAGAUAAACCAGGUUAUGCAAAAGUUCCUUCAUGGCAUGAUCCAUGACCACAAACAGACAUACGAUCCAGAACUGAAGCGGGACUUUAUUGACGCUUAUCUGGGAGAAAUUAAACGCAGGGAAGUUGAAUGUCCAGAACAGCAAAACUUUUUUAAUGAAACAUACCUCUUCCAUAUUAUUAAUGACCUUAUUUUCGCUGGUACUGAAACGAUGAGUUCAACUCUUAGAUGGGCCCUUUUGUAUAUGAUUGUCUUCCCCGACGUCCAAGAAAAAGUCCAAGCCGAACUGGACAGAGUUUGUCAAGGUUCUGUGCCAUCAUUAAAAAACAGACCUAAUCUUCCAUAUACAGAGGCCACUUUGAUGGAGAUUCAGCGAAUGGCAAACAUUACUGCAUUGUCUUACCCCCACAAAACGACCGAAUCUACAGAACUUUGCGGUUACAAUAUCCCAGCUGGGGAAACCAUAUUUGUCAAUUUGUACUCUGUUCAUGUUGACCCAAAAUGUUGGAAAGACCCGGAGGUGUUUAGACCAGAACGGUUCCUCGAUGGAAAUGGCAAUGUGAUCAGUACGCAACCAGGACUUAUGCCAUUUUCAGCAGGUCGCCGUGGCUGUCCCGGUGAAACUAUGGCUCGUAUGGAACUAUAUCUGUUUUUCACAAGCUUAUUUCACAACUUCAAAAUCACCUCAUCACCUGAUAAUCCUUCGCCUAGCAUAGCAAAACACUACGGUAUCAGCCUCAACCCUAGUACAUUCAACAUCUGUGUCUCGGAAAGAUGAAAACAGCUUUGCUACCAAACUUGUGUGGCCGCAACACGGACAUGACGUUUCAACAAAUUACUUAAAUAAGCAAUCAAUUGUACAAUUUAGCUUCUUUACAGAAUAAUACAGUAUACCUUAAAACCAUUCAUUGAGAACAUAAAUGGGCUUAUUUAUUAAGACUAUCCAAAAUACUCUCGUCGCUUCUGCUUUCGGCUCUUGGUUUGCUAAAAAUAGGCCUAUGUGACUUAAUUCAAUAAUUAUCAACGUGACUUCAUUUCACAGAGUUUAAAAGCUUGUAAGUUUAUUUUCACUUACUGAACUAUCAGGCAUCCCAAGGUGUCUCAUGUCGAAACACACUGAUUGAUAGAAUAAAGAAAAUUAUAUUCCUAAUACAAAAUUAUCGACAAACAUAAUUUGAAAUCAAAUUUUAAUGAAGAUGAAUUAACUGCAUGGUGUUAAGAGAGUAUUUCCGAUGUAUUUGUUUUUAGAUUGUAACGGAAGAGACGUUUUAUCACAACUUUUAGUGUUAUUCAUACUGUAGGCUACUCAUUUAAGUGAAAUGUUUUUCUAUUUGAUUGAACUUGGUCGUUUGAUUUUCAUUUAUAUUUUGAUGUGUUUUGUGAUGUAUUUGUAUUUGAUGUGUUGAUUCCGAAGUGAAUAUUUUUUUAAAUUUUCAUUUGUAUUAUUAUGUGUUUUGUGAUGUAUUUAUAUUUGAUGUGUUGAUUCCUAAGUGAAUAUCUUUUAUGUAUCUUCGUUAAGGUUUUUUAAUAAAUUGAAUAUGCAUAGGUUUACUUAUAAGGAGGCCUAUGGUAUCUGGAUUUUAAACACUAAAAAAAAACAAACUUUGUACUGUAAUUCUGGUUAAAUCGAAAGUUCGACCUGACGCGGACGUAUUCGGGCGCAGAUAUAAAUUAAGGUGGAUAUAUUUAUUUUUAACAGAUGUAGAAGGAUGAUAAAUGCGAGCUUGUGUGACCUCAUCUAUAUAGUAACUAAUUUUAUUAUCCAGUGGCCGAAUGAAGGGGGUGGCACAAGGGGAGCCCCGCCACCACCAAUCUACCUGUAGCUGUACAAAAAAUCACAAUGUGUGAAAUCAUUUACACUAGAGAUUAAAAUUGCUAAAACUCUAAAGCUACUAGGAGGCGAAACCAACUGUACCUCUUCAGAGUUAGAUACGUGAUACGUGAUUGCACUCGCGCCACCCCGGGAAAAAAUUAUUGAUCCACCACUGUUAUUACCGGUAUUUUGUUUACUUUAUAUACUUAAUUUGUGAAGAAAAUUGAACUUACACUCAUGAUGCAGAUAUAGGCCUAUGAGGGGCCUAGGCCUCAGAUUAUCAUGGCGAAUUGUUAUAAUAAUGCCCGUAAUUGUAUAUAAGAUAUUGAAGACUGUCUUACUAUUUAUAUAUUUAUAAGAUUGUACAUUUCAUCAUCUGUUUAACCAUGUUAAGUAUUAUUAGAAAACAAACUUAAUAAGAGAAUCAUUGAAAAUAUAAUGGGUUGCAUUUUUUCUUGAUAUAUACUCUUAUAAAUGUUGUGGUUUUAAAUAGAAAAUACGAAAUAAAUUAUAUACUAUUAAAACA